GUGUGGACGGGGCGCUGCUGGGUAGAAAUAUAUAACAUGGAUGAGCUGGACGAGGAAAACUUCACUCUGUUUGUAUCAUCCCCCAAGGAUGCUGAAUUUGAUUGUGUGGUGGGGCAUUUAGAAAACAUCAUCAUGGAUGACGAGUUUCAAGAGCUGCAGAGAAAUUUUAUGGAAAAAUAUUAUACAGAGUUUGAGGACACGGAAGAAAAUAAAUUGACCUACACAACAAUCUUUAAUGAAUAUAUUUGCUUGUUGGAGACAUUUUUUGAAGAGGAAUUGCUGAAGCGGAUUCCAACUUUUAAUAUGAGUGCUUUCAUCUCUUCAUUACAAUCUCAUCGUCAGGAAAUGACUGGGGACGUAUUUGAUAUAUUGCUCACUUUCACAGACUUUCUAGCGUUCAAAGAAAUGUUUCUUGACUACAAAGCUGAAAAGGAAGGAAGAGGUUUUGAUUUGGGCAGCGACUUUGUGGUGACACCUUUAUUCAAUUGUUGAACAGUUAUGUAUGUUCAGAUUUUGUACCAUUCUUCUACUCUCAUUCCUCAGUGUAUGCUGUCUCUUCUUGGGAGUGGACUCAUUUUAAAGGAAAUCUGUGCUGAGAGAAGUGUGAAGGCUUCCAUUACUUGUCAUUCUGAAAAUGCUAUUUGUCUGGCUGAUCUUGUGCUUUUAUAUUUCCUGAGUUAUGAGCUUCCUUGGCUGCAUGUAGGUUUCAGGACCAUGACGAGGAACAUACUUUUUAAAGUGUAGGUAUAGCCUAGUGUUUUAUUUACAUAU